UUGUACCGUUUUCAUAAAUAGUGUCCUAAUCGUAGUUAUUUUAUAUUUUGUAAGAAUUAGGUAUAGAAUUGUAUAAUGUCAUCCUCUGCCUCUCGGUCAACUCCAUCUUCUGGUGAAGCAUCUUCACUUUCCGUGGAACAAGAAAACAUAUCAGCACCGAUUUGCCUGAUUGUUCUCGGCAUGGCUGGUUCUGGGAAGACAACCUUCGUGCAGAAGCUCACACAACUUACAUUUAAUCAUUUCAAGCCAUAUGUGAUAAAUCUUGAUCCAGCGUGUCGUGAAACUCCCUACCACGCUAAUAUUGACAUAAGGGAUACUGUAAAUUAUAGAGAGGUGAUGAAACAGUAUAAGCUUGGGCCGAAUGGUGGAAUUGUUACGUCUUUAAAUUUGUUUGCGACGAAAUUCGAAAAGGUGGUUGAGUUAAUAAGACGCGCUGGCCAACAGGGCCACAAGUGGUGCAUAAUUGAUACACCUGGACAGAUUGAAGUAUUUACAUGGUCCGCGUCUGGCACAAUAAUAACAGAAGCACUUGCAACCAUGUUUCCAACAGUUGUGGUCUAUGUAAUGGAUGUUGUGCGUUCUCUAAGCCCAACCACGUUUAUGUCCAACAUGUUAUAUGCAUGUUCUAUAUUGUACAAAGCACGUAUGCCUUUUAUUGUAGUUCUUAAUAAGAUCGAUGUACAGGAUCACGAUUUUGCAGUGGAGUGGAUGACAGAUUUUGAGGCUUUUCAAGAAGCUCUAGAAAAAGAACAAAACUACAUAAGUAACUUGACAAGAACCAUGUCACUUACACUAGAUGAGUUUUACCGCAAUUUGCGAACGUGUGGGUUAUCGUCGAAAACUGGCAUUGGCUUUAACCGUUUCUAUGAUUUAGUAAGUGAAUGUGCAAAAGAAUACGAAAGGGACUAUAAAGCCGAGUACAAUAAGUUACGUGAGUUAAAACUUGCUGAGGAAGCGAAAAAGAAGGAAGAAGAAUUGGCUAAAAUUGCGCAAAGCGAAGGUGAAGGAGCCGAAGUGCCCUUAAGCAGUUAUGUGGAGGAGGUUCCCAUGGGACGCGAAUUGUCAGACAUUUACCUCAAACAUCCAGGAAAUGAAAGCUCGGAAGACGAAGAAGGGCAUGAAGAGGAAGCACCCACAUUUAAUGAAGAUCAUGUUGAGGAACAAAACUUUAAUCAAUUUGUAAAACAGCAUACUGAUGCCCAGAAAGAAAAAAUAAACAAAAGUGAAAUUUAAAGAAUAUAAAAUAAUACUACAAAAUUCGAAA